AUGUCAGGGAGAGAGUAUUUCAGUUCAGAGGAAUCUGUUACACAUCACCUUCUUCAAGACAGGGCAUCUUGCUUCUCCAAGAAGAUCUGCUGCAUGGAAUCUUUCCCUGCUUUCUGGGUGCUCUUCGGGUGCUGGUCCACCCUGUUUGUGCCUUGGAAAGUUGAGGAAAUCAAGGACUUCCUGCUCACUGGCCAGCGGAAGGAUGCCAAGUCGGUCAAGAUCAAGAACAAGGACAAUGUGAAGUUCAAGGCGCGCUGCAGCAGAGACCUGUACACCUUGGUCAUCACAGACAAGGAGAAGGCAGAGAAGCUAAAACAGUCCUUGCCCCCUGCUCUGGCAGUGAAGGAGCUGAAAGGAAGCUGA